ACGGCUCACAACUCCCGGAGACGCUUCACGUGAGGACGACAGGAGCACAGCUGCUAUUCUGGAAACGCUAACGACAGGACUGCUCUGCGUCACUACGGAGGACUGGAGCAGCUAGGACCUCUAGAGAGAGACAUCGCACCGGUUCUAGUCGUGGAUCUGCUGAUAGCGUCAUAUAAAUCGGACACGUUUAUUAGUGCCAGUCACCUAGCAACUAGCUAUCAACUUAUGUCACACGUAAUAACUCUGCAAUAUUAGCCACAUUAUGGAGCAGCAUAAAAGUAGAGCCUCAAGUACUCCUCUAAGGUUUUUACCACAGCUCCCUCAGAUGAACUCAAAGCCUGAGUGGAAGAUUAAACCAUCCUCUUUUCUUCUAAAAGAAGGCGGGAAAGAUGAAACAAAGGAUGUCCAUGACCCUUAUAACUUCAGUCCCAGACUUUUUGUCACCCCACAACACAAGAAACGCAAAAUCAUGAAUUCCAGCUUUCCAAAGGGUAGAUCGACAAAGUAUGAACAUUUCUCAGCUGGACCUUCGCCAAGCAGUUAUUCUCACCCAAAGAAAGACCGGGAACAGUUCAGAAGUGCUCUUGUUGCUAUUCUAAUGAAAAAUGGUGAUGCCACACUGGAGUCCUUUCAACUUGAUCAAAAUAUCUCAUCUAUUGGAACUUCUGCUUUAGAUAAAGAUCUAUUGAGGUACAAUUAUUACAUUAACCAUGGCAUUGACACAGAACAUGUUGCACCCAUGGAAGACUCGUGGCUAAAGAAUGUUUUAAGACUGGUUCCAGAACAUUUAAAGGUUUAUACAGAGAGUAUCUACAUGCUAUCAGAAGAAAUGAGAGAAGAUUACCUUCUUAGUGUUAAGAAAGCCAUUGUUGACUUUGUUUUAAAAGAUCCACGAGAGAAAAAUGAGGAUAAGAAAAUAGUUCUUGAGCCGCACCGUUUAGAAUUACAAAUUGUGCCAAAACCAUGGAAGAAGUCAUUUUUAGCAAAUUACAAACUCAUCAAGGAGAAUUUGAACUCCAUAAACCCAACAAUGGCUGCUGUUUUAGAUUUGUGGCAUUCAUCAUUUAGGAAAUUACGUCUUGUUGAUACAGAUGAAUUUCACAGUCGCCAGGAGUCAAUAGAGCUUUCCAUCUUCCAAAACCUUGUUAUGAGACACAUUGAUUCUGCCAAAGAUGUAUUACUUAAAAAGUGGUUUCCAGAGAUUCAAAGCAUCUAUUACCAAGGAAACAAAAGAAAGCAAAUUCCAAGUGACGGCAACAAUAAGAAACUGGAAACUUUUUUUAAUUGUGCUGCAACAUUAAUGACAGAACAGCUGCAGAGUCUUGCUCUAGCAUCCAUGCAGGAUUUUACAGAUCUAAUCAUACAACCACCACAUUCUGUCCGUGCGUAUGAGCACCCAGGUUUUAUAAUGAGACUCAUUCUUGAUAAUGUUUCAAUUAAAUUUGAACCUGACGUCAAUGAUUAUGAAAUUGUGCUGCUGAAUGUUUACGAUGUGAUGAUUAAAGCAGUCAGCCUGGUGCCAAGAGUUGAAACUAAGCUCUUUUCUGAAUUGGAUCAUCAAUCAAAAUUAACUUUAAUUCCAAUCAUCCUUGAAGAGAUUGUACAAGAACAUAAAAGAAGAGUUAAGGAAUUUGUCACUUUGGAGAGUUUCUUGCCAAAGGAACACUUGAAAUUGUAUGAUAAGUACAGCUUCUUGGUAACCAAGCAGGCAGAUCUAGAUGUGGAACAGUUCUUGGCUGAGGAACAUACAUUUGAGGAAAUAAUGAGAGAGGUUAUGAAAUAUCAAAAGCUCACAGAUGAAAUACAGUACAAUUCAAGAAAGUUCAUUCGCUUAGGGAUGUUUGAACUCCACUGUGAUGAACUGACCAGAGCUUUGGCAAAGCGGUCAGAAGCUAUUUGUGGAAAACUGAUAGAGAAAAUGUUUAAAGAUCACCAGGAGACCAACAGAGGGUUGUGUAGCAAAUUUGAAAAGAUUGCAGAAAAGGCUCUAAGUACUCCCCCAAAUACACAUGAACUCAUGCAAUUGAAGGAAUACAUUCAAAAAGUGGAAGUUGAAGAUAUGCUGGCUUUGGAGCAGAGUCUUGUAGAAGCCAAAAAUCGUUUAAUUUUCCUCAUAGAUUACGUCACACUGUCCCCUGCAGACAUUCGUUUGAACAACAGUACUUUCCAGUGGCAUGCCCGAAUGGGAGAGAUUUUUGAGGAGCACAGAAAUAUAAUAAAAGAAAAGACUGCACAGUACCAAGAUGGACUAAAGUUGCGUUGCGAGAGAUUUAUUGAAGAACUGGAAAACUAUGGCAAGCAAGUUGAAGAAUUUGAAGCAUAUGGUGAUAUUAAUGAAGUUAAUAGAUACCUGAAGAAGGCACAAGCGCUGAAUGCCAAACUGGAACAAGCAGUUGAAAAGGUUGAUCAACUUAAUGCAGAGGAAGAAGCAUUUGGAUGGGCAGCUUCACAAUAUCCUGAAAGGAAAAAAGUUCAGGAAUCCCUAAAUCCAUAUUUGCGACUCUACGAGACUACAGUGGAGUUCAACACAAAAUACAAAAAUUGGAUGGAAGGGCCAUAUACUGCAGUAAACCCUGAUCUUGUAGAACAAGAUGUAGGAAACUACUGGAGAGUGCUGUAUAAGCUUGAAAGAACAUUUACCAAUUCUCCAAAUGCCUGUUCUUUAACUUCCAAAAUCAAAACUAAGGUAGAAGAAUUCAAAGAAAUUUUACCCCUUAUUCAGAUUGUUUGUAAUCCUGGAUUACGAGACCGGCACUGGGAGGCAAUGUCAUCUAUUGUUGGCUAUCCAAUUAAACCACAAGAGGACACUAAUGUUACCAAAUUUAUAGAGAUGAAACUCCAGCCAUAUUUGGACAAAUUUGAAAGCAUUAGUGAAUCUGCAAGCAAGGAAUAUUCACUUGAAAAGGCAAUGGAGAAAAUGAUAUCUGAGUGGGAUCAAAUGGAAUUCACCCUACUUCCUUACAGAGAAACAGGAACCUAUAUUUUAUCAUCGGUUGAUGAUAUUCAGACAUUGCUAGAUGAUCACAUUGUUAAAACGCAAACCAUGAGAGGGUCACCCUUUAUUAAAGCUUUUGAAAAUGAAAUCAAAGAAUGGGAAGGAAAAUUACUGCUGCUGCAGGAGAUCCUAGAUGAGUGGCUAAAGGUGCAAGCAACGUGGUUGUACUUGGAGCCCAUAUUUAGUUCCCCAGAUAUAAUGGCUCAAAUGCCUGAAGAAGGCAGGCGCUUCUCAACUGUAGAUAAAACAUGGAGAGACCUAAUGAAACUAGUAUUGUUGGAUAAGCACGUCCUUUCCGUUGUGAUGAUUGACAAAAUGCUUGAGAAGUUCAAAAAGUCAAAUGAGUUUUUGGAGCUCAUAUUAAAGGGACUUAAUGACUACCUGGAAAAAAAACGAUUGUUUUUCCCUCGAUUUUUUUUCUUAUCUAAUGAUGAACUCCUUGAGAUUUUAUCAGAGACAAAGGAUCCAACCAGAGUACAACCUCACCUAAAGAAAUGCUUUGAAGGAAUAGCAAAAGUGGAGUUUACAGAUGUCUUGGAUAUUACACACAUGAACAGCAGUGAAGGAGAGGUGGUGCAGUUGAUAAACACUAUUUCCACAUCAAAAGCCAGAGGCCAGGUUGAAAAAUGGCUGGUUGAGCUUGAGUCUGCAAUGAUUCAUUCUGUUCAUAAGGUCAUUGGUGAAGCAAUUGAAGCAUACCCCACAACAAAGCGCAUUGACUGGGUAAGAGAGUGGCCAGGGCAGACGGUACUGUGUGUAUCUCAGUGUUUCUGGACCCAGGAAGUGCAACUGUCUAUACGGAAAGGUCAGAAGGCACUUGAAGAUUACCUGGAACAGAACAAUAAACAGAUUGAUGAUAUUGUUGCUCUAGUGCGUGGAACAUUGUCAAAGCAGAACCGCGUGACACUUGGAGCACUAGUGGUCUUAGAUGUUCAUGCAAGAGACGUCCUUGCAACUCUUGUGAACAAACAAGUUAGUGAUGAAAAUGACUUUGAAUGGUUAAGCCAGCUGAGAUACUACUGGGAGGAAGGACAUAUGCAGACAAAAAUGAUCAAUGCUGGCUUGCAGUAUGGAUAUGAGUAUCUUGGCAAUACACCUAGACUGGUUAUUACUCCUUUAACAGAUAGAUGUUACAGAACUUUAUUUGGUGCUCUUAAUCUUCACCUGGGCGGAGCUCCAGAAGGUCCUGCUGGCACAGGAAAAACAGAAACUACAAAGGACUUGGCAAAAGCAGUGGCUAAGCAAUGUGUUGUUUUCAACUGUUCUGAUGGACUGGAUUACCUUGCUUUAGGAAAAUUCUUUAAGGGGUUGCUUUCCUGUGGAGCCUGGGCUUGCUUUGAUGAAUUUAACAGAAUUGAUUUGGAAGUACUCUCUGUAGUUGCACAACAAAUCCUCACCAUUCAAAGAGGUAUAAACACAGGAUCGGAUCUAUUACUGUUUGAAGGCACAGAAUUAAAAUUGAAUCCCACAUGUGCAGUCUUCAUCACCAUGAAUCCCGGCUAUGCAGGACGUUCAGAGCUCCCAGACAAUCUUAAGGCUCUUUUCAGGACCGUGGCAAUGAUGGUACCUGAUUACGCCAUGAUAGCCGAAAUAGUUUUAUAUUCCUGCGGCUUUGUAACAGCCCGGCCUUUGUCAGUGAAGAUUGUGGCAACAUAUCGUCUGUGCUCUGAACAAUUGUCUUCCCAGCAUCAUUAUGACUAUGGAAUGAGAGCCGUGAAGUCAGUGCUGACAGCUGCAGGCAACCUGAAGCUUAAAUACCCAACUGAAAAUGAAGAGAUUUUGCUUCUUAGAUCCAUUAUUGAUGUAAAUCUGCCCAAAUUUUUAUCCCAUGAUCUCCCUCUUUUUGAGGGGAUUACGUCAGAUCUCUUUCCUGGAGUGACACUUCCCAAAGCAGAUUAUAACAUCUUCAUGGAAGCUAUAAAGGAAAACUGUGAGCGCAUGAAUUUACAGAUGACCAGCUUCUUUGCAGAAAAGAUUUUGCAAAUAUAUGAAAUGAUGAUUGUGCGCCAUGGUUUUAUGAUUGUUGGAGAACCUUUUGGGGGCAAGACCUCUGCUUAUCGUGUCUUGGCUGCGGCUUUGAAUGAUAUAUGUGAAAAGGGGCUUUUAGAUGAAAAUAAGGUUCAGAUUACAGUGCUAAAUCCCAAAUCCAUAACCAUGGGACAACUUUAUGGACAGUUUGACCCCGUGUCUCAUGAAUGGUCAGAUGGAAUACUGGCUGUCAGUUUCAGAGCAUUUGCUUCUUCAACAACGCCAGAUAGGAAAUGGCUCAUUUUUGAUGGACCUGUUGAUGCUGUUUGGAUUGAAAAUAUGAACACUGUGCUGGAUGACAACAAAAAGUUAUGUCUAAUGAGUGGGGAGAUUAUUCAGAUGUCUCCUCAGAUGAGUCUAAUCUUUGAGCCCAUGGAUUUAGAAGUGGCGUCUCCUGCAACGGUGUCUAGAUGUGGUAUGAUUUACAUGGAACCAACGAUGCUUGGUUGGAGACCAGUAAUGGUAUCUUGGAUAAAUCUUCUACCUCCUGGGCUCAACAAAAUGCAUAAAAGUUUUAUUGAAGGAUUAUUUGACAGAAUGGUUCCCCCUUGUCUUCAAAUGAUUCGAAAAUGUGCAAAGGAAUUGUCACCAACUUCGGAUACAAACUUAGUCCGCUCGCUAAUGAAUCUCGUGGACUGUAUGCUGGAUGAGUUUACUGAUGAAUCUUUAAUUCAUAGCAUGAAUGAGAGAGAUAUCUGCUCAUGGUUAGAGGGUGCCUUCUUGUUUUCUCUGAUUUGGUCCAUUGGAGGCAGUUGUAAGGAAGAUGAUCGGAUAAAGUUUGAUAAGCUCCUGCGAGAAAUCAUGGAAGGACCACUCAGUGAGGAAACCAGGACCCGAUUUAAAAUUCUGCAUCCAGUGGAUCCACCUGAGAAACCUUUUACGGUUCCAAUACCCAAAGCAAACACUGUAUACGACUACCGAUUUGUGAAGGAGGAUAUCGGAAGAUGGGAAUUAUGGACAGAAGAUCUUAGCUCAGCGCCACCUAUACCACGUGAUAUAAUGUUUAACAGAAUAAUUGUGCCCACUUUGGAUACCAUUAGAUAUACAGCAUUGAUGAAGUUGCUGACAACACAUCAAAAGCCUUCUCUGUUUGUUGGACCAACCGGUACUGGAAAAAGUACAUACAUUAUCGAUUUCUUGCUAAAUAAUUUGGAUAAAGAAAUAUACAAACCUCUGAUGAUCAACUUCUCGGCUCAAACAUCAGCAGCACAAACUCAAAGCAUUAUAAUGUCCAAGCUUGAUAAGAGAAGAAAAGGAGUUUUUGGUCCUCCACUGGGAAAAAAAAUGGUUGUAUUUGUGGAUGAUGUGAACAUGCCAGCCCGAGAGGUGUAUGGCGCUCAACCACCUGUAGAAUUGCUUCGUCAGUGGUUAGACCAUUGGAACUGGUAUGAUCUGAAAGAUUGUUCGAUGAUCAAGCUAAUUGAUUUACAAAUCAUGUGUGCUAUGGGACCAGCAGGAGGUGGAAGGAAUGUCAUAACACCCAGAUUCCUCAGGCAUUUCAACACUAUAACAAUUAAUGAAUUUGAUAACAACUCUAUGUACACAAUAUUCUCCAGGAUACUGGAAUGGCAUCUUUCAAUAAGGUAUAACUUUCCCAGUGAAUAUACUGUAUUAACACCACAAAUUAUACACAGUACUAUGGCAGUGUAUAAAGAGGCAAUGAAGAAUCUAUUGCCCACUCCUACAAAGUCCCACUACUUAUUCAAUCUUCGUGACUUCUCUCGAGUAAUUCAAGGGAUUUGUUUGUCACGUCCUGAAACAUCAGAUUCUCCCCUGCUGAUUAAACGUCUAUGGGUUCAUGAGGUCCUUCGAGUUUACUAUGAUCGGCUUGUGGAUAAUCCAGAUCGAGCUUGGCUUGUUGGAUAUAUUGAGGAAGUUGUAAAAACUCACAUGAGAGAAGACUUCUAUCAACUUUUUAAACACCUAGAUUUCAAUAAUGAUGGAAAGGUGGAGGAGGAUGACUUGCGCAGUUUAAUGUUCUGUGAUUUUCAUGACCUUAAGAAGGAAGAUACAAAUUACAAAGAAAUAGACAAUGUUGAUAAACUGCGUUUAGUUGUAGAAAGCCAUCUGGAAGAAUUUAACAACAUUAGUAAAAAACCAAUGAAUUUGGUUUUGUUCCGAUUUGCAAUUGAACACAUAUGCAGAAUCUCGCGCAUUCUGAAGCAACCUCGUAGCCAUGCCCUUUUAGUUGGUGUUGGGGGAAGUGGACGACAAUCUGUCACACGAUUAGCUGUUCAUAUGGCUGAUCAUAGACUUUUCCAAGUUGAAAUUUCAAAGAGCUAUGGUAAUGCUGAGUGGCGGGAGGACCUGAAGCAAAUUCUAAGACGAUCCACCGAGGGUGAAAUGCAAGGCGUCUUUCUAUUUACAGAUACCCAAAUUAAGAAGGAGUCUUUUUUAGAAGACAUAAACAAUUUGCUAAAUGCAGGAGAGGUUCCAAAUCUCUUUCCACCUGAUGAGAAACAAGAAAUUUGUGAAAGGAUGCGACAGAUAGACCGGCAGCAAGAUAAAUCAAAGCAAACUGAUGGCAGUCCCCUUGCUCUUUUUAACUUGUUUAUUGACCGUUGCCGUGAUCAACUUCACAUUGUGCUUGCUAUGAGCCCAAUAGGCGAUUCAUUCCGUAACAGACUUCGCAAGUUUCCUGCCCUUGUUAACUGCUGCACAAUUGACUGGUUCCAGUCCUGGCCAGAAGAUGCACUGCAAGCUGUUGCUACACGCUUUUUGGAAGAUAUUGAAAUGUCAGAAGAGAUUCGAAAUGGCUGCAUUGACAUGUGUAAAAGCUUCCACACAUCCACUAUUAACUUGUCUGAGAAGUUUCGCACAGAGCUACAGAGAUACAAUUACGUGACACCUACAUCUUAUUUGGAACUAAUCUCUACAUUUAAAACAUUACUGGAAAAAAAACGAUCGGAAGUUUUGAAAAUGAAGAGAAGAUAUGAAGUGGGUUUAGAGAAGCUGGAAUCUGCUUCAUCACAAGUGGCUAUCAUGCAAAGUGAGUUAGAGGCUCUCCAACCACAGCUGAUCGUUGCUAGCAGAGAGGUGGAUGAGAUGAUGGUGGUCAUUGAGAGGGAGUCAAUUGAGGUGGCCAAAACUGAAAAGAUUGUAAAAGCCGAUGAAGCUGUGGCUAAUGAACAAGCAAUGGCUGCCAAAGCAAUAAAGGAUGAAUGUGACAGUGAUCUGGCUCAAGCUUUGCCUAUCCUGGAGUCUGCUCUGGCGGCUCUAGACACUCUCACUGCACAGGACAUUACAGUGGUGAAGUCUAUGAAAAGUCCCCCGUCUGGAGUGAAGCUGGUUAUGGAGGCAAUUUGCAUUCUGAAAGGAGUAAAACCCGAUAAAAUCCCUGACCCCUCUGGAUCAGGACGAAAGAUUGAAGAUUUCUGGGGACCAGCGAAGAGAGUGCUGGGUGAUAUGAAAUUUCUUCAAUCUCUUCACGAAUAUGAUAAGGACAAUAUUCCAGCAGCUUACAUGGGUGUCAUAAGGAAGCAGUAUAUUACCAAUGCUGAAUUUAUUCCUGACAAAAUCCGGAACGCGUCUACAGCUGCUGAGGGGCUCUGCAAAUGGGUUAUUGCCAUGGAUUCCUAUGAUAAAGUGGCCAAGGUAGUAGCUCCUAAAAAAGUGAAGUUGAACCAAGCAGAAAGUGAACUGAAGAUUGCUAUGGAUAGUCUGAGGAAGAAACAGGCUGCUUUGAAGGAGGUACAGGAUAAACUGUCCAAACUUGAGGAGAAACUUGAGGAAAACAAACAGAAGAAAGCAGAUCUUGAGAACCAGGUUGAUUUAUGCAGCAAAAAACUUGAUCGUGCAGAACAGUUGAUUGGAGGACUCGGUGGGGAGAAAACAAGAUGGAGUCAAACUGCAUUAGAACUUGGAAACCUUUACAUUAACCUGACUGGAGAUAUCCUCAUUUCUUCAGGAAUUGUGGCUUAUCAAGGAGCAUUCACUUCCAGUUACAGACAGAUGCAAACAAAAGAAUGGAGUACAAUUUGCAAACAUCAGAACAUACCCUGUUCAGAAGACUUUUCUCUCACCAGUACUUUGGGGGAGCCAGUGAAAAUUCGAGCAUGGAACAUUGCUGGUUUACCUUCCGACAGCUUUUCCAUUGACAAUGGCAUUAUCAUUUCGAACGCAAGGCGCUGGCCUUUGAUGAUUGAUCCACAAGGUCAGGCAAAUAAAUGGGUGAAGAAUAUGGAAAAGGCCAACAGCUUACAUAUCAUUAAGCUAAGUGACCCUGACUUUGUAAGGACGCUGGAGAACUGCAUACAGUUUGGUACCCCAGUGUUACUGGAGAAUGUUGGUGAAGAAUUAGAUCCUAUUUUAGAGCCACUUCUACUAAAGCAGACAUUUAAACAAGGAGGCAGUAUAUGCAUUCGGCUUGGGGAUUCCACUAUUGAGUAUGCUCCUGAUUUUCGGUUCUACAUUACAACUAAAUUGAGGAAUCCACACUAUUUACCUGAAACAUCUGUCAAGGUCACCUUGCUGAAUUUUAUGAUCACUCCUGAAGGGAUGCAAGAUCAACUCUUGGGUAUUGUCGUUGCUCGAGAGAGACCAGACCUUGAGGAAGAAAAGCAAGCACUUAUUCUACAGGGAGCAGAAAACAAACGGCAGCUAAAAGAAAUUGAAGACAAGAUUCUAGAAGUACUUUCAUCUUCAGAAGGAAACAUAUUAGAAGAUGAAACUGCCAUUAAAAUAUUGUCAUCCUCUAAGGCUCUGGCAAAUGAAAUAUCUGAGAAACAAACUGUGGCCGAAGCAACAGAGAAGAAGAUUGAUGCAACGCGAAUGGGCUACCGUCCGAUCUCUAUUCAUUCUUCUAUUCUGUUUUUUUCCAUUGCUGAUUUAGACAAUAUUGAGCCAAUGUACCAGUACUCUCUUACAUGGUUUAUUAAUCUUUUUGUCAUGUCAAUAGACCACUCCGAGAAAUCGGAACACUUACAGACAAGGUUGCAAAUCCUGAAGGAUCACUUUACAUAUUCACUAUAUGCAAAUGUGUGUCGCUCUCUGUUUGAAAAGGACAAGCUGCUUUUUUCCUUCUGUUUAACAGUAAACCUUUUGAAGUAUGAAAAGCUGAUUGAUAAAGGAGAAUGGCAGUUUUUGCUCACUGGAGGCAUAGGACUAGAUAACCCACACUCCAAUCCAUGCACCUGGUUACCCCAAAAGUCAUGGGAUGAAAUUUGUCGAUUAGAUUCUAUCUUGAGAUUUAAAGGAAUUCGCAAGGAUUUUAUGAGGCUGAAAGAUGGAUGGAAAUCAGUGUACGAUAGUUUGGAGCCACAUCAUGAAGCCUUUCCUUCUGAGUGGCAAGAAAAAGUGGGUCAGUUCCAAAGGAUGCUCAUCAUCCGAUGCCUAAGGCCUGACAAAGUUAUUCCUAUGGUUCAGGAAUUUGUAACAGAAAACUUAGGACGUCAAUUUAUUGAACCUCCUCCAUUCGAUCUUGCCAAAGCAUUUGGUGACAGCCACUGCUGUGCCCCAUUGGUCUUUGUGUUGUCUCCUGGUGCUGAUCCAAUGGCAGCCUUACUGAAAUUUGCAGACGAUCAGGGUUUUGGAGGCUCAAAGCUGAGCUCCUUAUCUCUAGGACAAGGACAAGGACCAAUAGCUCUGCGCAUGACAGAAAAGGCUAUAAAAGAAGGUAGUUGGGUAGUGCUUCAAAACUGUCACCUUGCUACCUCAUGGAUGCCAAUGCUGGAGAAAGUAUGUGAGGAAUUGAAUCCUGAGACUACACACCCAGAUUUUCGCCUCUGGCUUACAAGUUAUCCAUCACCGAACUUCCCUGUGUCUGUACUACAGAAUGGAGUAAAAAUGACUAAUGAGGCACCCAAAGGCUUGCGUUCCAACAUCAUCCGCUCAUACCUGAUGGAUCCUAUCUCUGAUCCCGAAUUUUUCAAUAGCUGCAAAAAGCUUCCGGAGUUCAAAAAAAUGCUAUAUGGUCUGUGCUUCUUCCAUGCAUUGGUUCAGGAAAGACGUAAAUUUGGCCCACUUGGAUGGAAUAUUCCUUAUGAAUUUAAUGAGACAGACAUGAGAAUAAGUGUGCAACAGCUACAGAUGUUUCUAAAUCAAUAUGAAGAGGUACCCUAUGAUGCUGUGCGAUACAUGACCGGAGAAUGUAAUUAUGGAGGAAGAGUAACUGAUGAUUGGGAUCGACGUACACUUCGUAGUGUAUUGAAUAAAUUCUAUAACGCUGAAAUUAUUCAAAAUGCAAAUUAUAAAUUUGACUCAAGUGGAAUUUACUAUGCACCAUCAGAUGGAGACUACAAUUAUUACAUUGAGUAUACGAAGACCCUCCCACUGAACCCUUCUCCGGAGAUUUUUGGGAUGAAUGCUAAUGCUGAUAUAACCAAGGAUCAAUCAGAAACACAGCAGCUAUUUGACAAUAUCCUCCUAACGCAGUCACGGACUUCAGGAGGUGCAGGGAAAUCGGCAGAUGAAACCGUAUAUGAGGUAUCAGCUGACAUCUUGAGCAAACUUCCCAUGAACUUUGACACGGAAGCAGCAAUGAGAAAAUAUCCAACCACUUAUGCUCAAAGUAUGAAUACUGUAUUGGUCCAAGAAAUGGGUCGCUUUAACAAAUUACUUUCCACCAUAAGAGAUUCCUGUAUCAACAUACAGAAGGCAAUAAAGGGCUUGGUGGUUAUGUCUGCUGACCUAGAAGAGGUUGUUAUCAGCAUUCUAAAAGGAAAGAUUCCUGCUAUGUGGAUGAAGAAAUCUUACCCAAGUCUGAAGCCUCUUGGCAGCUACGUGAAUGAUUUUCUCGCAAGACUGACAUUUCUACAGGACUGGUAUGAAAAUGGAAAUCCUCCAACCUUUUGGCUCUCAGGCUUUUUCUUCACCCAAGCAUUCCUAACAGGCGCGCAACAGAAUUAUGCCCGCAAGUACACAAUUCCCAUUGACCUGCUGGGCUUCGACUUUGAGGUUCUGGAUGAUAAGGAAUAUAAACACGCACCUGAGGAUGGUGUAUAUAUUCAAGGAUUGUACCUUGAUGGAGCACGCUGGGACAGAAAGGCAAAAAAAUUAGGAGAAUCUUACCCAAAGAUCCUGUAUGAUACCGUUCCUGUGAUGUGGCUUAAACCUUGCAAGAGGACAGAAAUCCCACAGCGACCAAGUUACCUUGCUCCUGUUUACAAGACCAGUGAAAGAAGAGGAACAUUAUCGACUACAGGACACUCAACUAAUUUUGUUAUUGCAAUGACCCUUCCUUCCGAUACCCCCCAGGAGCACUGGAUAGGAAGAGGUGUUGCAUUGUUAUGCCAACUUAAUUCAUAGCAGCAGUUCAUCCAGAGAGGUCUUGUCUCUUUUCUGUGUGUGUUGCCUAGUGGCUUAAACUACAGUAUAUACAGUACAUACACUGAUUAAAUGAAAACACCAGUUAUUUUUGAAGACUAAUUUUAUUUGAUGGUUUACAAUGAACAAUGUACACAUAACAAUAGCAAUUUUGACAAAAACAGUUGAUUGAUUAAUUGGACACAUUUUGCAUUUAACAGUCAGACUUUUAAAAGUAACUGCUUUAAUAAACAGACUAUAAUUACAUUAACAGACUCUGUAAUGGAAAGCUGUGAUUGUAUUUAACAUAUUCCAAGUGUUUUAACUGCAGACAGGGUGUAGUGUAAGCAACAAUACAUCUUCAACCUAAUGUCACAUAGUGACAAAAUUGUGAAUACAAGUGCAUGAAUGACCUCCACAUAAGUGAAGCAAUGUUCAUUGCAAGCUUUAUGGAAUGCUGGGAGUCAGAUAUGUAUGGUACAGCACAGACUGCAGAACAGCCUUGGACAGUCACAAACUGGAAUACUGAUGAUCAGCAAUGUUAUCUGAAGUCCACAUAAUAAAGGAGACAUUUGUAAACAAA